UACCUCCCCACUAAAAUUUGGGAGCGACACGAGCAGCAGCAGUCGAAUCUGGCUGGGCAGGGUAGUAUAGGGCGAGAGGCAUCCCAAGAAUGAGGGCAGCUCCGGCCAUGGCGGUGAUGAUGUCCCCCUCUUCCCCCUCCUCCUCACUUCCGCUUGCUUCUCUUUUCCUCCGUCGCAUCUCUCGUUCUCCCAAUUCCUAUUCUAUUCCUGCUGUUUGGGCGCCAAGAACUCCGUCCGCCGCCGUUGUCUCCUCCGCCUUCUCUUAUCUUGGAAGGAAGCCGACCGUUACCUCAUCCUCACCGUCCCUCUCCAACCAUGCUGUCGAGCUUAGGAGGGGCUUUCCGCUCGCGAAUCCGGCCGUAGCGAGGCUGGAUUUUCAGCUUGCUGCGUUCGGAUACGGAGUUUCUCAUAGGAGGAGGUUCUGCGGAGUGCGAGCCUCGGAGGUGUCCGAUCCGGGCUCCAUCGACUCCCCAAUGAUGCAGUCAAUGGAGAAGAAGAUUAAGGAGCAAUUGGAUGCAGAUCUUGUCAUUGUGAAGGAUGCCUCUGGAGAUGGUCGGCAUGUAAGCAUUGAUGUAGUCUCAAAGGCAUUUGAAGGCCAAUCCAUGGUGAAUAGGCAGAGAAUGGUGUACAAAGCUAUAUGGGAGGAGCUUCAGAGCAUAGUGCAUGCCGUCGAUCAAAUGACUACAAAAACUCCUGCAGAGGUCAAUGCAGAAAAAUAAGCUACCGAUGAACCCUGGACGUGAGUUCUUCUGAGCUCAUUUUAAGUUUCAUUUCUUCUUUUUGUCAUUAUUAAAUAUUUGGCUUGGAGGGAGUUUCUCCCUUUUUCCAUCAAUGCUUACUCUUUACUCUUUUCGACAUUGGCAUUGUUAAGUCUGUCAUUGUGACCUGCUGGUAAGCUCUCAAUAUCUAAACGAAUCUACUUAUCAGCA